AUGAAAAGAAAUGGUCUUGUAUUUGUUCCACGUGAACCACCAAAACGUGUUAUUCUAUAUCCAGCACAGGAUUCAGCCAGUCAACAACAAGCACUAAAUGGAUUUUAUACAAGAGCAAAAACAGAGCUUAUAAUUAACAAUCAAAAUGGAACGAUAUCACAAUCAACUAAUAAUAAUAAUACUAUUCGUCUUUCACGACAACAACUAUUAUCUAGUGCAGUAAACGGUUCAUUUAGAACUACUGAAAAAUCCAAUAAUGAUGCAUCGGUAUCGGCGAGUACUUCUGCACAUUCAGCAACUUCAAGUGCUGCACAAAAAGUUCAGAAUCCUUACUACACAAAUCCAUUUUUUCGUCCGAGAAUUAUUACUAAACAGCAACAACCCACAACGACAACUAAUACAUCGAUUUUACCAUCAUCAAGUCCUGUUCCUUCAACAACAAGCACAGAUGUUACAGUUCAAACUAUUAUACCACCAUCAACAACAAUGACAUAUAGAGGAAAACAACCUCUCAAUCCUAGAAUUAAAAGUCCACUUCUUUUCUCAAAUGGAAAAUCACAGGAUUCUAAUAAAACAAUUAUAACGUCUCUUGCACAAGAUGAUAAUCGUCAUUGGGCUCAUUCAGUUACAUCAACACAAGUUGUAGAAUCAACGACUGAUAAUGAACAUUCUAUUGGACCAAUAAAAGCAUUAGAAACUACCGCAACAAAUAAUGAUACUUCUCAACAGAAAGGCUCUUCAUCUACAGAUAUCACUAUAUCGCUUUUAGGCGCAUCGUAUACAUCGAAUCAUUCCGGAAGUGUACCGGCUAUUGAUUUACUUACACGUAAUAGUAGUUUAAGAGAUGAUUCAACAGUAUCUAAUCAAACAUUAAUUUCUAAUGAACAAUCAUCGAAUAUACCACCAUUGUCAUCAGCUGAGAUUACUUCAGCAGCAAACAAUAAUAAUCAAAACUGGAAAAAAACUUUAGCUGCAAAUUUUCAAAAGAAUUAUCGUAAUACUCCUACGGCUAGAUUACUUUAUAAUAAACAACCAUCAAGUUCAUCGAGUAGUGAUAUAAUUCCUCAACAGCAACAACAACAACAACAAAAAUCCGAACGAACUAUAACUUUAAGCGCAAUUAAUAAUGAUUGCAUAGUACCAAAUAGUGAAAAUUCAUCAGUCGUAUCAUCAGGAUCACGAAAAUCAACAGAAAGUCUUCUAAAUCCAAAGUUAGACAAUAAUAAUAAUAAUAAUAAUACUGAACGCUCAGGAUCUUUACAGAUGCAAAAAUCUACAUAUUCCAACCCAACAGUAACAAAAAAUACAAGUGAAGAAAAAAUCACACCAAUAGAAAUAUCAAAUCAUAAUCAUACGUCUCAUCUACCUAUUUCAAUUCCAUCAGCAUUAUUCCCAAUUAAACCAACAGCAACUAAUAUUGAACAACAGAGAGCUAAUAUAACAAGAGUUAUGAUACGUCGAGAUUUUGUUAAACCACUUGAAUCUAAACCACCUAUGCCAACAACGACUAAUAUGCGUUCAUUAAUGGUUUCACAAUCGGCUAAACCCGACAGUUUAUCUACAAAUAAUGUUAUUCGAGUAGCUACAAUCACGGAAAAUACGAAUCGCACUUAUCUAUCACAACAACAACAGCAUCAACAACAACAAGCAUCAUUGUUAUCUCAAAAAAGUCUUUUAUUAUUUGCAUCAACGAAUUCAACACUGAAAGACCCAAUAAAAGGUGAUAAUAAUCAACAAAGAUUCAAUGGAAUGAAUUCAUUAUCUCCAACAAGAAUAAAACAAUCACAAAUUGAAACCACGAAUAGUGUAACUACCAAUAUUGAAUCACGAAGAAAACGAGAAGAACCUAAUAAUAAAACACAACGACGAGCUGUUAGUGCAUCAGCAGCAUCUAGUUACGAGUAA